AUGUGCAUACUACCUGCAACGUUCACAGGCAGUCCACGAUACAUGCACGCGAGGACGCAAGACGCGAUGACAUACGUUCGUAAGUACGGCCGACCAGACCUAUUCAUAACUUUCACGUGUAACACAAAAUGGUACGCAAUUGCUAAAGAACUUAUGCCAGGACAAUCGGCUUACGACCGUCCAGACCUCAUUGCUCGCGUUUACCAUCUGAAGUUGGGAAAGUUAAUGGAUGUGAUUACAAAGGGCCAGGUUUUGGGGGCUGUUUGCUGUCGUAUGCACACUAUUGAGUGUCAGAAACGUGGCCUGCCUCACGCACAUAUACUAAUUUGGCUGUGCGACAAGAUUGAGGCCACAGAAAUCGAUCAUCUUAUUUCUGCUGAAAUUCUUGAUCCGUCGGCUGAGCGUGAAUUGUACGAAAUAGUGACAACCAACAAGAUUCAUGGUCCCUGCGGGUCGCAUUACAAUUACACCAGCUGUCACAACAACGAAGGCAAAUGCACCCGGCAGUACCCACGAGAUUUCGUGAGCGAAACCAUUACAGGGAGCGAUGGUUAUCCACUGUACCGGCGAAGGAGUCCCGCUGAGGGAGGAUUUACAGCCGUGGUAAAGGGCCACCAAGUGGAUAACAGAUGGGUAGUGCCAUACUGUCCCUUACUAGCAAAAGCGUUCAAUGCGCGCAUCAAUGUCGAAUAUUGCCAUUCAGUUCGCUCUAUCAAGUAUGGAUGCAAGUACAUCAACAAAGGGACUGAUGCUGCAAUGUUUGGUAUUAGGCAGGAAGGUUCCGUAGACGAAAUCCAGGACUUCCUUGCAGGGCGCGUCAUUAAUAGCACAGAGGGCCCUUGGCACAUAUUCAGCUUUCCCAUCCAUCUUUGUCGACAGGACGAGUUUUCUAAGACUCUACUGUACACAGACGUGCCUUCAUGCUACGUGCGGACAAAAAAGAACACCUGGGCUCGGCGGAAGUGCGGGGCCAACGUCGAGGGCUAUCCAGGCGUCAAAAAAGACGCCACACUCGGAAGGGUAUUCACUGUUCCCCCAUCGUGA